UAGAUGUCUCCCAAUGAAUGAAAGAGAGACUUCAUGAGCUGAUUGAGAACAGUUUUCUUACUUUUCUACAAUUAAAAGUUAUAAACUGUGAUGAUUCUUCAUAGCGUGAUCCUCCAACCCUUAAUAAUCUCUUUUUAUAGAUAGCUUGUUAGAUUGAUGUUGUAGUUCCCUGUAACAGCUCAUCAAGUGCUAAGUAAUGCGUUUUUGAUCAUCGGUUUUUUUUAAUUUUCCGAAUAAUACCUUUCAAAAUGUCUUGUUCAUCAAAAAAAGUGUCAUUUGCCGAGGAAAGUGUGGAGAUGGACCCUGAAUUGGCUAAGCAGCUUUUUGUUGAGGGGGCCACCUUAAUAUUCUUGGAUGUACCGGUUGAAACAGAGUUUGGCAUCGAUCUCAAGUCUUGGGAAACAGGAGAAAAAUUCAAAGGUGUCAAAAUGAUUCCUCCAGGCAUUCAUUUUAUUUUUUACAGUGCAAGAAAUUCUCAUGGAGAUGUAGCACCCAGAAGAGGAUUCAUCCACCAUUUUAAAAAAUCAGAAAUCUUGGGGAUAAAGUGGGAUUCGUCCCUUGAAGAUAUCAGUUAUGACAAUCUCAGUUCAGAAGAAAUGCAACGAUUCAGGGACAAUCUAAUGUACCUUGACCAGUUUCUUGGACCGUAUCCUUUUGAUGUGUGGGACAAAUGGAAACGCCUCACAAUGCAUUUAAAUGAAAAUCUAGUGAAUAAAUUAAUGCCAGCUUGUGGGAGAAUAAGCUCCGCAGCAGAGUUGGUGCCUGACAGUCGAGAUCUCAAAGGUAGAAGCAAACGGAGAUGGAGCAGACCAAGGACUGAAGAGGAGAAGCAAGAAGAUCUUCUACCGCAGUUGAAGCCUAAAGAAGGAACUGAACUGCGUUUUACAGAGCCUCCAGAAGAAAGUUAUCCUGCUGGUAGCACACCGGCAGAAAUUACAAAACACAAUCUUGAUACUUCGUACGCUUUUGAAAGAAUGAUCUCUCAGCAUGAUGAACCGUUAAAUUUCGUCGGAGAGAUCCAGUUUGCCUUCAUCUGCUUCCUAGUUGGACUAAAUUACGAGGCAUUCGAACACUGGAAAUCCAUGAUUCAGUUAGUCUGUCGUUGUGAAACAGCCAUCUUUAAACGACCAGCAGUGUUCUCUGAAUUCGUUUCAACGGUUGAGGCACAAUUAGACGAGGUUCCAGAAGAUUUUUUAGUCGAUGUUGUUACUUCUAACAAUGUGAUAUACUGCUCUUUAAGAGAUCUCUUUACCACACUUCAACUUACCGACCUUGAAAUUGAAGGACGAUUGCGAUGUAAAAUUAGUAGGCUUAAGGAAAAACUUACCACAAAAUUUGAAUGGGACUUUGAUAACUUAGAUGAGGAAUGUGAAGAAGAUGCACCUGUUAUUGUUUAUACUGAGUAAAAAUUGUUAUAUUUGGAAUUUAA